CCGUCGCAUCUGGUGUGGAUUUUGAAGUUGUAAUUAAUGAAAUGUUUAGUAAAAACUUAAAAACAAAUCCCUUCAAACAAAAUCAGGAAACUUGUACAAAGAGUAGUUAAUAAAUUACUUUCCAACAUCGAACCACUCUGGUUCGGAACAAUGAUGGGCCAAUGUGAAAAGAUAUGAAAAAUGAAACCGCCACACUUGGGACAGUGACAAAAGAACUGUUAGUUGAGUGGGCCCAGUAAAUGGAUUGGCGUGCCCUACUAAUGGUUGGGGUAAUAGACAUGAAUCCAAUUAUGUAGAAAGUAGCAAGUUACUUUUGUGACCAUUUUCUGUUGUUCGCUGAUGGAUCCCUCUAAAGUUAGUUUCGAUAUAUAAAAAAUACUUGUAACAAUUAUUUUAUAGCUAUUACCAAAUUGAUUCUCGAGAACGACGUGAAUGGAUAUCUUUUUAAUCAAAUAAGUACUCCUUUAUUAAAAAUCUUAUCAUUGUAACGAACAAUUGUUUAUGGACAUAAAGGAAAAUGUCAAGUAAUUUCAGAAAAUGUAUUUUGACAAUUUUGGUACUAUUUUGUACGAACAAUUUUAUUUUUAUUAUUUUAUUGCUUUAUGACUGUUUUACACCUGGACAAAAGCACAAAUACUGAAGAUGUGGAUGCGAGCAGUAAUCACGAUGCACAAACGGACCUGGGUACUACCACUAAUAUGGAUUUGGUCAAACAAGAAGAAGCAGUUAAGCCGAGACCGAUUACCAUAGCAGAGAGCAAAGAUCUAGUUUGUAUCGAUAUAGAAAAUAGUAUAGAGCCUCCUACAGAAAAAAAUGAAGACGGAGAAUCUGGAAAAUUGAACGUUGUAACCGCACUUAAACUGAAUUUAGUAAGUCAAAGAUCUUGGAAAAGGAAAUAUACAGUGAUGGGCAUGUAUAAUUAUGUUUUUGGAGCGAGAACACCUGAUCAAAAUCAGUCGAGGCUAUCAAGGCAGUUAUGGCGUCAGGAAGCUAUACCUCCUCAACCACAGCAAACGGUAUGGACUCAGUACGGGCCUUACCCUCCAAACCCAGGUCAGGCUCCACCGUACCCUGGCUAUGGAGAUGGUGCUUAUCAGGGAGCAUACGGCUAUGAUGGCAGAGGGCCCCUUCUAUACGAUCCUCUUGCAAGAAACUCCUUUGUGAGACUCGUCAUGUUCAUAGUACUUGUGAUGUUGCUUGCUACUUCUGGUGUUUUGAUUAUCGUUCUUACAGUGCCUGAAGUGAAAGAGUUUUUUCGAACGUCUGGGUGGCUUUUAAUGUUUCUAGCUGGAAUGCUCCUAAUUACAGUUAAUUGUGCUAUGGUAUGCACUCCGUGCGCCAGGCGCCCACCGUUCAAUAUUAUUUGUCUUAUGUUUGCGACAAUGGCAAUGAGCAUAAUCGCUGCAAAAAUAACAUCUCAUUUCAAGACCGAUGUCAUACUAUACGCGUUUAUUGCUACAUCGGCGGUGACGUUUCUUUGUGUUGUUCUAGCUUAUUCUAAUUUCGAUUUCACAAGCUACGUAUUGUACAUUAUCGGUCUAUCUCUUGGAUUUGCUAUGGUCGUCUGUAUUGUUUCAAUUGCUUUUGUGGCAACUGGGACAUUGAUGAAGCCAGUGAUUAUAGUAUUACUUGCUAUAGGAACUUUAAUACAAAUUGUGGUGGAUUACAAAAACCGCAAUCGAGCUGGUUUGUACGAAAUUAUUCAAAAUUAUCACGAUGUUACUCGUGAUGAAUGAAGACGUUUGGAACCGCGACGGAACAAAAUUAUCAAGAAAAUGUUUGUUUAGUUUUCAAAUUAAUAUUUUAAUAAAUAUUUUUUCUUAUAAGA